AAAUUACUUUUGUUUCCGCAGACUUUGGUUAAUUUGCCAAUUAUUUAAAACAAUGGAUAUUCAACCUCAAACUUCGAAGGAAAGCGACAAACACGAUCCAUUGUUCGGUUACAAUGCUCCAUUCACCGUCAACAAUGGGUUCCAACCCCCUCAAUUAAGGAACCCACACACCGGGGUGUUUCCCCCUAACCCCCAAGCCCCACCCCACUAUAUUGGGUACAGGGGUGGCGGGGAAUCACCUGGGUUGGAAACAAAACGACCCCCUUCUCUGGUUGGUUCAAAAAUUCACCCCGAGUAUCAAUACGGGGGAAUUUCCCAACACCAGGAACUGGGGUCACGGUUCACUGGUUUCAGGGCAUCCCCCCCAACCAGCAACGACACCAAGUAUUACAACGGGGGAUCCCCUGCUACAAACUUCCCCGGAAUCGAUACUGAACCCCAAUUGACCCCUUUGAAAUCGAACAUUGAGAAAAUGACGUCAGAGAAAGAUAACAAUGGCAAACAUGACGUCAUAUCCAACAUCGAUCGCGAAGCGGCGUUUUACAACGAGGAGGGGAGGGGUAGCGGGGGGGUCACAUUACCCCCAUUCCCGGGAUUACCCCAAAUCAAAACCUCUACCCCACCCGCGGAUGAAUGGACGGGGAGGGAAAAUAGAUCCGAUGAUUAUUCAACCGCGGCAUAUAGCGGAAACGACGUCACGAAGACGUCAUCGACGUUUGUUGAGGAUUCACCAAGUCACGUGACCACUAAGGAAGAAACGGAAGACGCGGGGGAAGCUGACCCAACGAAACAUUGGCUAACCGCUAGUGGGCGCAAGAAACGAGUGCCGUACACAAAAUAUCAACUUCUGGAACUUGAGAAAGAAUUUCAUUACAAUCAAUAUUUAUCGCGGGAGAGAAGACUAGAGGUUGCAAAGUCAGUGAAACUUACCGACCGUCAAGUGAAGAUUUGGUUUCAAAACCGAAGAAUGAAAUGGAAGAAAGAAAGAAGGGAGGAGAGACAACGGGACGAUCACCAUCCAAUGUCGGGGAUCCACCAUCAGGGAAUGACCCACCCGGGAGUUCCCCACCCUGGUAUGCAUGCAUACUCCAGCACAGCAGCAGCGUUAGCAGCGGCGGGUAUCGGGCAUUUAAACCAUCACCCUUUCAACAACCAACCACCAAUGGUGCCUGACAUAAGCCAACAUUACGGCUACCCUGCAACGUCAGCUUUACCGGCUCCAGCGCGCCACCACGGGGCCACAGUUAACCAGAUGGUGGCAGCAGCGGAUUUUUUCACAAACUGGCAUCAUCCUUACCAAGUGCCGACCCGUGAUCCAACCAACCCAACGUUACCUCUGGGUUGUAUGUACAACUGACGUCGUAAUUGUUAAUAUAAGUUAUUGUGAUGUCAUACAACGCAUCGAUGAGCAAGUUACGUCAUCAAGAAUCUUUUAUGACAAAACAUAGAAUCGUUUCGUAUUGUGUGACGUGUGAAUGCUGCAUUGUGUGGCUAUUAUGAUGUAAUGAUUUUGUUUUUCGCAUUUUCAAUAAAACUUUGUUGAAA